UUUCCGAGAGAGAGCGCGCAGAAGUGUCAACAAAGUUAGUUCCUGACUUCUCCACCGUAAGAGUGACGCGUUGCGUUAUGUCAAUGUUAUGUUGUUUGAGGUUAGAAUAGUUCUUCUUUUGCAUAACGUGGGACGUGAGAAAUCUUUUCACAAUGGGGAAGAUUAUGAAAUCUGGUAAAAUCGUGGUGGUUCUACGAGGCCGCUACGCUGGUAAAAAAGCUGUCAUUGUCAAGGCUUACGAUGACGGAACAGCAGACAAACAGUUUUCCCACGCUAUUGUCGCAGGAAUUCAGCGCUACCCUAGGAGGAUGAAAAGGAAGAUGACCCAGAAGAACAUGAUGCGGCGGUCGAAGAUCAAACCUUUCAUCAAGCUUGUAAAUUUCACACAUCUUCUCCCAACCCGAUACACUCUCAGUGACGUGGCUCCAGCAAUCCAGCCCAAAGACCUCAAGGAUCCAAUGAAGAAAAAGAAUCUCAGGUUCCAGGUUAAGAAGAAGUUCGAAGAAAGGUUCAGGUCGGGGAAGAAAAGUUGGUUGUUCCAAAAGCUGAAGUUCUAAAUGUGUUAUUUUUUAAGUUUAAAAUAAAUUUUUUUUUUUUUCUAAGACUCUGGUCUUUCUUUUCGGUCUUCUUCGUCCAUUCCGAAGCUUCUUUCAAUUAUAAUGGGUUGGACUGGAGUAUGUUCAGUUUUGAAUAAACUAUUCAUUUUUA